AGUUCGUGCGACUUGCCGCGAGGAAGCGCUGUAACGGUAGCUGUGCUACACGUGAGACGCGAGCAGUCGAGUCAGUCGGAGUGUCGUUGUCGUGGAGGUCGGAGGUGUUUAGAAGAGAGUCAAACACCGUGACUUCUGUGUUGUAUGCUAGUCGGACUCUUCGACUACCAGUACUGAUUUAGACUCGCAAGUCUUAAGUUCAAGUGUGAAGAAUGAAGUUUCUCGCUGGUUUAGUAUUCAUUAUUGGAGGUCUGGUUUGUGCCGAAAUUAGCAGCUCUGAUACCAUUGACACUAAAGAGCUGGCAAAAAAUGUGCAAGAGCGUUUAUCAGGAGUGACAAAAAUACCAACCAGCGUGGAUGACAUACCCCAAGAAACGGUAGAAGAACUUGUGCAGGAUACUCAGAUGAAAGUAGAAGAAAAAUGUAGAAAAGUUGGAGGUGAAGCAGCAUUCUUACGUGCUCAGAAUGCGAAGAAUGAAUUGAUGGACUGUAUUCAGAAUCUAAUCAACAUUACAGAACUUCAGCAGAAGGUAGAAGAUGCUAAGCCGGUUGGAAAGCUGGAUGAAGUGUCUAGAGAAUACUGCCACAAAUCUCCUGUCUUGAAAAACUGCAUUCAAAACUUUACAGACGCUGCUGAAGGUUGUUUGGAAGAGGCAGAGAAAGAAAGUGUUCGAACUACAUUAAACAUAACAAAUGCAAUUCUGGAUUUUAUUUGCCACAAGCAGGGUGAUCGUAUUGCAUUAUUCAUUGCAGAAGGUGGUCAAGAUUGCCUGAAUAAAACUUCAACUGAAAUACAGGAAUGUAUGAAUUCAACUCUUGGUAAAUUGGUUCCUCAGGAAAAGUCUAACAUAGAAUCUCUUCCGCAGUUGGUCCUGGGUGAAAAGGAGUGUGUGGCAAUGCAAAAUAUGCAGACAUGUACUGUGAAUGUAAUGGAAGAGAAAUGUGCAGAGCCGACACCUGCCAAUAUAAUUGAAAGCAUGUUCAGAUUCAUCAUAAAGAUGACUCCCUGUGCAAAGUGGGUGAAUGAAAAGACAGGUGGAGCAGCAACUGCUAUCACCUCAGUAUGGAGAUUAAUAGUGGCAUCAGUUAUUCCAGCUGUGUUCCUCGCUUUAUAAUGACGAAUUCUGGUGAGAUAUAAAUCAGUGAUCACUUACAUCUGAAUGUAGUGGGUGGACAAUUUCAAAGACAUUUACUACAAGCAACCUGCAGCUACUGGUGAUCUGUGAUGCAUGUGAAUGUGACAGUGAUAAGGUGUGCUGGCAACAUAUUUAUUGACUUGCAUUUGCACAGUGUUGUGUUCUGAAAGUUACAAAUAUGAACAGUAUUUUAGUGACUGCACUAUGACCAUGCAUCUCAGUAAUGAGAUGUCCACAGGAACUGAAACAAAUUCAUUGACUUUGUAAAGGUCUUAUCUAGGGCUCAACAUUCCAGAAGGUUUGCUAACAUUUUAUUUAACAAGCAUCAUCUUAUCGAUAUGAUAAAGACCUGUGAUAUUACGUACAUAUGGUUCUCUUUUUUAUGUGUAAUUUUCUCUUGUUAAUCGAAAGGACUGUUCGAUCAUAUUUUGUAUUUAUUUAUAUUCUUCAGUGGAUGAGGGCAGAAGGUGACUUGUUAUUAUUUAAUAAGAGAAAUUGCCUAUGAGAUUAUGAAGUUAAACUUGUAUAAAAUAAAAGUUUAUUUCUUUUGUUGUACUUUUA